AUGACAUCCCGAGCAGGGGGGGUUCGAAGAGCAGCGAUGGAAAUCCUAUCGGAGCGCAGAGACGCGUCCCAACCCUCGAAGAAGCCGCAUCGAAAGUCCAAACUCGGAUGCCACACCUGCAAGAGGCGCAAAAUAAAGUGUGACGAGCUGAGGCCGGCAUGCCAAAAUUGCGUUCGGCACUUGGUCCACUGCGACUUUCUGCAGAGCAACCCAACACCAGUGCCCCUUCGCAGCAUGCACAUCACGUUGCAGAGCACUCCCAGCAUCGCGGAUGAGGCUGCGCGGCCGCUGCAAAAACCGCCGCCGGUUGACCAGGAGCUCAACUUUGUCGACCUGGAGCUCAUCCACAACUUCACCACAUCCGUGUACAUGACGUUGUCAACGGACUCUCUCGUCCGCCACAUGUGGAGGGUCUCAGUCGUGCGCAUGGCGCUGAAAUGCGAGUACGUGAUGCGCACGCUGCUAUCUAUCUCGGCGUUGCAUCUCGCGCAUCAACAGCCCGAACGCAAGGAAGGGCUGGUGGCCAAGGCUCUGCUGUAUCACCGGUCAGCCAGCAGGGAGGCCAUGGAGCUCAUGAGCGGCCUCGACGAGCGCAAUGCGGAGAACCUUUUUCUGUUCUCGCUCCUGACAAUCUUCUUCGCCCUUGCAUCCGGCCGCUAUCUCAAGGAGUCGGUUGUUGUUUGGGAAUCUGCGUUUCCAGACUGGACAUUUCUUCUCUCGGGGGCAGUUUCGCUCAUCAAGCUGCUGAAUUCAAGGAACUAUGAGGGACCACUCACUCCCCUCCUGACCUACGCCACGGAGCGCUUCUUCACCGCCCGGGACGACUCGCGCGCCCAACCAGGAGCACUCGAGGGUCUCCGGCAGCGCGUGAACGGCAGCGACACCGACAGAGACCUGCUCCGGAUCUACAACCUGGCCAUCGACGAGCUCCGGCACCCCAUGUCCCUCGCCAUGCACGAAGGGGGCCGCGACAUGGACAUCAUGGACAUCUUCAUUUGGAAGUACUUCGUCUCGGACGAGUUCCUGCCGCUACUCAAGACGCCGGGCGCGAACCAGGAGGCCAUCGUUAUCUACGCGCACUUCUGCAUCGUCCUAAAGAGACUGGAGAGCCAGUGGUGGCUGCAGGGCUGGGCGACGCACUUGAUAUCGCAGGCGUGGGAGCUGCUGGACGAGGGCCACAAGGCGUGGAUCCAGUGGCCGAUGGAGGAGCUGGGAUGGGUGCCGCCGAGCUGA